AUGGAUAACGAGACGGUGAAAAAGUCCAUCAUGCAGCAGAUUCUGCAGGAGGCCAACAGCGCCAAUGCGCGGACAUUGAUGGAGAACAUGAACCAGCACUGCUUCGACAGCUGCGUACCCAAGCCCGGCUCGUCGCUCAGCUCCGGCGAGCAAAAGUGCGUCAGCCAGUGCAUGGAAAAGUACAUUGCGGCCUGGAACAAUGUCAACGCCGCGUACAUCCGCCGGUUACAACAGGAGAUGGGCAACAACAACUAA